AUCUUAUCAGUUGCUAAUAGUUGCCAAUUUUUUAGAUUUAAUGAAACUCUUCAAUCAGUUCUCAAACGGCACGCAAAUGUCGUGCAAACUAUGGCUGAAGGUUUAUUAGAAUUAAGAGAAGCUGGUAUAGAUAUUAGCUCGGAGCGCAAUAUUCAGUAUUUCCUUGAUCGAUUUUAUUUGAAUCGGAUUUCGAUAAGAAUGCUUCAAAAUCAGCAUUUGAUUGUAUUUGGUUCAAUAUUACCAGAGAGUUCUCGUCAUGUCGGUUGUAUAGAUCCAGCCUGUGAUGUCGAAACUGUAAUAAAUGAUGCCUAUGAGAAUGCACAAUUUCUAUGUGAAAGGUAUUAUCUUACUUCACCCGUCAUGAAACUUGAAAUGCAUAAUGCUGUAAAUAAGGGACGACGAAUUGUUAUAGUCGCUGUUCCAUCUCAUCUUUAUCAUAUUACUUUCGAGCUUCUUAAGGUCUCAUUUCAUGAGAAUGCAAUGCGUGCGACAGUCGAGCAUCACGGUGUUGACGAGGAUCUACCAAAUAUUAAUGUUAUGGUUGUUCAAGGAAAUGAGGACAUAUCCAUAAAAAUAAGUGAUAAAGGCGGAGGUGUUUCAAUGACAAUAUUAGAUAAAUUGUUCGAUUAUAUGUAUAGCACAGCACCACCGCCACCUACAGAUGGCAGUGAGUCACCACUUGCUGGUUAUGGUUAUGGUCUUCCCUUAUCACGUCUUUAUGCUCGAUAUUUUCACGGUGAUUUGUUUCUAGUUUCUAUGGAAGGUUACGGUACUGAUGCCUGUAUUUAUCUGAAGGCAAUACCUGUUGAAGCUAGUGAAGUUUUACCUAUCUAUAGUACUUCAUCUCGUCGUGCUCUUACAAAAGGACCACAAAUAUCUGAUUGGUCUCAUCAUCUGCCAAAGCGAUAA